UCCUCUGCCUCUGCAGACGAUCUUUGGCCGGUGGCGGUGAAAACCGAGUUGGUAUCAAGCUAGCUAGCUGGGCUAGUUUUCGCUGAGAGCGGAGCGCUCACUCACUUGCUUCCAUAAUCGGCGUGGAGGGAGGGGCACACACAAGCUUCUCUGUCGAGUCACAUUUGUAAAGCAAGCGGAUUCCAACAAUUUCCAGCCAUGGCAGAGGCUCACCAGGCUGUAGCAUUCCAGUUCACCAUAACACCAGAGGGCAUUGAUUUGCAACUCUCUUAUCAGGCCCUGAACCAGAUCUACCUGUCGGGUGUACGAUCGUGGAAAAAGCGUGUCAGCCGCAUAAGGAAUCGGGUGAUCAAGGGAAUGUACCCUGCCAGCCCUUCAUCCUGGUUGUUUGUCGUCAUUGCUAUCCUGGCCACCAUGUACAUGCGCUCUGAUCCUAGCAUGGGGCUCAUUGCCAAGAUACAGCAACGCCUCCCCCUCAGCCUCCAUGUUUCUCUCAGCGCUCAGGGCCAGACAAUGCUUUCCGCGCUGGUCUUCAGCACCCUGCUCUGGUUGUCCCUCAUCCUCGCUCUCAGGUUCUGCCUCAAGCUGCUUCUCUCCUACCACCAGUGGAUGUUUGAGCAGCAUGGUCGAGUUUCCAACACCACUAAAAUCUGGGUGACUCUUUUGAGGCUCUUAUCUAGCAGGAAGCCUCUACUGUACAGCUAUCAAACAUCGCUACCUCAUCUGCCUGUUCCUGCCAUAAAGGACACCCUGAGCAGGUACUUGGAGUCAGCGCGCCCUCUGUUGUCGGAUUGUGAGUACAAACGGAUGACCAAAUUGGCUUCUGACUUUGAAUCCAACCUCGGAAAUCGACUCCAACGCUACUUAAAACUUAAGGCUCUCUGGGCGACUAACUAUGUGAGUGACUGGUGGGAGGAAUACAUUUACCUCCGGAGCAGAGGCCCCAUAAUGGUCAAUAGCAACUACUAUGGCAUGGACUUCCUGUAUGUGACUCCGACUUGUGUCCAAGCUGCGAGGGCAGGCAACACAAUUACUGCCAUGCUCCUCUACCGCCGCAAGGUCAACCGGGAGGAACUCAAACCGAGUCGUGUUCCAGGUACUGUCAUCCCUCUUUGUGCUGCCCAGACUGAGAGGAUGUUCAACACAACACGCACUCCAGGACUUGAGACUGAUGUUCUCCAGCACUGGCUGGACAGUGAGUUUAUUGCUGUGUAUCACAAGGGACGUUAUUUCCGCUUGUGGGUGUACCAGGCCGGCCGCCUGCUCUCUCCCAGAGAGAUUGAGUACCAGAUUCAGAAGAUCCUAGAUGACCAGUCACCCCCACAGCCUGGAGAAGACAAACUAGCAGCACUUACUGCUGGAGACAGGAUACCUUGGUCUCAGACGAGAAAGCAGUACUUCAGUACCGGCAUCAACAAGCGAUCGCUAGAUGCCAUCGAAAAGGCAGCCUUCUUUGUGACGUUGGCUGAUGAGGAGCAAGGCAUGAGGGGAAAUGACCCAGUAGGAAACUUGGACCGCUAUGCCAAGUCGCUGCUUCAUGGCAAAUGUUACGACAGGUGGUACGAUAAAUCAUUUUCAGUUGUGAUCUACAAGAAUGGAAAGAACGGACUGAAUGCCGAACACUCUUGGGCUGAUGCACCAACUGUGGCUCACCUUUGGGAGUACACGCUAGCCACUGAUGCUUUUCAUCUGGGAUACACUGAGGAUGGACACUGUAAGGGGGAAGUGGACCGCUCAUUGCCAAACCCCCAAAGGCUUAUCUGGGACAUCUCACAAGAGGUUCAAGCUCAAGUAUGCCACUCCCUUGCUGUUGCCCAGGCUUUGGCUGACGACGUGGACUGCCACGUCUUCCCCUUCAGAGACUUUGGAAAAGGUCGAAUUAAGAAACUUCGGGUCAGCCCUGACGCAUUCAUUCAGAUUGCGUUACAAUUGGCAUACUACAGGGAUCGUGGCGGUUUCUGUCUGACUUACGAGGCGUCAAUGACGCGUCUCUUCAGGGAAGGAAGGACAGAGACUGUGCGAUCCUGCUCUAAUGAAAGCAGUGCCUUUGUGAAAGCAUUGGAAAGUGGAGAGGCAGCAGAACAAUGUCGCCACCUCUUUAGACUGGCUUCAGAGAGACACCAGAAUCUUUAUCGAUUGGCUAUGACUGGAGCAGGAAUUGACAGACACCUCUUCUGCCUUUACGUUGUCUCCAAAUAUUUGGGAGUAGAAUCACCAUUCCUCAAAGAGGUUUUGUCCGAACCUUGGCGCCUCUCCACCAGUCAGACGCCAGUUCAGCAAAUGGAGCUGUUCGACUUGAAGAACCAUCCGGAAUUUGUAUCGCUAGGCGGAGGGUUCGGACCUGUUGCUGAUGAUGGUUACGGUGUUUCUUACAUCAUCGUGGGUGAAGAUAUGAUCAACUUCCAUGUGUCGUGCAAGUACUCCUGCAAUGAGACUGACUCCCACAGGUUUGGAGCUCAAAUUAACAAAGCUCUGCAGGAUAUUAUGGGUGUCCUCUCUGCUGACACCAAAACUCCCGUGUUGUCCACAGCUGCAGUAGAAUCUCAACCUAAAAAGACUCUAUGAACGCAGUCAUGGGUGUACUAUACGAGUAUUGCCCUCACAAACACACUGAAGUUUCUGUUAUAUUGAAAGUGGAAGUGGAAAUAAUAAGAUGAAGUGUUUAGUUCAUACUUCACCACCAGAGUCGAUCAGAAAUUGGCACUGCUGCUUUAUAUUUGACACAUCUCUUGUACUGGAUCCUAUUGUGCAAGUGUACUUAAUGUGAUUGGUGAGUGUUUUCUAAAAGAAAGAUGACACUUGCAUCUUUAAAAGGGAAAUGGAGGAAGAGAAAUUAAAUUGAAGCAUAUUUAAAUCUGAAUAAGUUUUCUGGAGCUUACUUGAAUUUGACAGUUGUGAGUCUUAACUACUGUGGCCUUUUUGUGAAUAUCCGUUUGUGUAUUCUGAUUUCCUGUUGAAGAUGAUUCGUCUGUACGAGUUUUGAUUAGCAGUGGUUUGGAACCGAAAGUAGCCUUGUAAUGAAAUUUGGAGGAAGUGGUUAAAGAUGUUCAAAUGGCAGCAGCUCUCUGCCACGGUUUGAGAAUUUCCUUGAAACCUUGGCUGUGGAAAGAACUCAAACCAGAAAGUGAAAAGUCACUGCAUCUUGCUUUGAUGCUUUUUAAGUGCCAAGCGAUGGUCUUUCAAUCAGAAUGGACAGCAAAUUUGAGUUAAAGGACUGAUUGAAUGCAACCAUUUUAACAGCAAACAAAUGGAAGGCGGAUUGAAGUACAGUUUUUCUUUUUUUUAAUUGUAUGUGUUUGGUCAGUUUUAAUUUUUUUCAUGUUUUACUUACCGGUGUAUGUAUUUAAGUCAUUGUAAAGGUAUGUAUGUUUGGUUAAGUCUCCGUCGGGCCAGACUGCUGUUGCAAGAAACACCUCAAGUGUUGAAAACUGUCAGCCUAGUCAUUGAUUUCACUAAUAUCAUACUUAAUCCCUUUAAUAGCGGCCUCAGUCCGAUAGAUCCAUUCUUUUCUCCGUAUGUCAGUAAAUGAAGCUUUACAAUAGCAGUCAAUCGCACAUGAUAGCACGUGACACCUCAAUUUGUGUUUACCUUUGUAAAUAGCGUGACAUCAUAACAGCACAGCAUGACAGCAUGUAGCUUCUUCUCCCCGCUGCUAUAUUAUUGAAGAAUAAAAAUGAAAAACUAAAUUUAAGAUUAAGACUGCGAGUCACAAUUCACCGUCGGCGAGUCAGUAGCUGUGUCUUUGUGCAAAGAAAAACAUUCAUUCAUCGAUUUAUUCCUUUAUCUCCCAUUCUCCUUAUCAUAAAAAUGUUGCUUCAAAUAAGCACCUGGUUAAAUAUCCACAGUCACCAUAAAAUGAAAUAAUAUGCUUGAUGUUUCAGGCAUUUUUUUGUUCGUUUAUAACUCAGCUUUUCUGAGUAAAGUGCAUCUCCAAAGUUUCAUCAUAAAAUUGCUGAAAAGGGCUUCAAAAUAAGUGCACUUACUGCUCAACUGCAUUGAGAAACAUUUUUUUUUAAAGUUUAUUAUGAUGGUUCUAGUUUUUUUUUUUUUUUUUUGGUAGUAUCUGCUCAUGGAAAUAUCUGACCAUUUGUGACAAUUUACCAGUACUGUAUGCACAUAAGUCAUCUCAAAACCAUACA